AUGGAUAAUGUUUCUGUUGUGAGAAUUUUCCUUCUAUCAGGGAUAAAUGAGACAAUGCAUUACAGAAUUGCUAUCUUUUCACUCACUUUACUGUAUUAUUGUGUGAUUUUGUUUUUGAAUACCUCUAUCAUCAUGAUCAUUAUCUUAGAUCAACACCUACAUGAACCCAUGUAUAUCUUGUUGUGCAGUUUUUGCAUUAAUGGACUUUAUGGGACCACAGGUUUCUACCCCAAAUUCCUUUUUGAUUUGUUUUCUUCCUCUCAACAGAUCUCAUAUGAAGGAUGCCUUUUACAGGCUUUUGUCAUGUAUUCAUUUGCUUGUUCUGAAUUAUCCAUUCUAGCAGUGAUGGCCUACGACAGAUAUCUGGCUAUAUGUCGACCACUUCACUACCACUUUGUCAUGACAAAGAGGAGGCUCUCUCAGCUGAUAUGUUUCUCCUGGCUCACACCUUUCAGCCUCUUUUCCAUCAAUAUUCUGCUAACGUCAAGACUAAAGUUAUGUGGUGCAAAAAUUGACAGACUGUUUUGUGUGAACUGGGUAAUUGUCAAACUCACCUGCCCCGACACUGACACCUUUUCAAACAAUAUAACUGCAUUUUUUACAAUAUUCAUUUAUGUAUGUCAUGGGUUUUUCAUAAUUUGGACUUAUAUGCAUAUGAUUAGAACUUGUGUGAGGUCCAAAGAUGACAGGGCAAAGUUUAUGCAGACGUGUGUGCCUCAUU